AACACUUACAUGGAAAAUAAGUUAAACCGUUGACUUGACGAAAUACCAUUUCUAAACCCUAGAAAUUCUCUUCAUUUCUCUCUCUCUGGUUCAAACAUUUCGUAAUCUGCAUUGUGACAGUUUAGCUAAUCGAAAGAACAAUCACAAUCACGAUGGAGAGAAUCGUCGAAGAGAUUUCAGAGGAUUACCCUUCUUCAUUAUCAGACUCUGAUGAUGAUUCCAGAGAAAUCCCGUUUUCCGAUUUCAUCGAUUCCAACGUUUAUAGGUUAUUCGGCCGCCGGAAGACAGUUCAUCAGGUUUUUGGUGGAGGAAAACCUGCUGAUAUACUGUUGUGGAGAGACAAAAGGAUAUCUAUUGGUUCAAUUGCAAUAGCCACAGCAAUUUGGGUUUCAUUUGAAAUAAUGGAAUACCAUUUUCUUACUUUAGUAUCAUAUCUCUUGAUUCUUGUUUUUGCAAUCUUGUUCUUCUGGUCCAAUUUGACAAAAUUCAUAAACAAAUCUCCUCCUACUAUACCAGAAGUUAAUAUACCAGAAGAACCACUUGUAAAAUUUGCAUCUGUUCUAACCCAUGAAAUUAAUCAAGCUAUUGACAUCUUUAGAGAGACUUCAAGUGGAAGAAAUCUUAAGAUGUUUCUUAUUAUUGUCUUUGGAUUGUGGGCUACCUCAAUUGUCGGGAGUUGGUUCAGUUUCUUUACCCUGCUCUACAUUUUGUUUGUAUUGCUGCAUGCGGUUCCUGUGGUGUAUGAGAAAUAUGAUGAAAAGUUUGAUCCGUUUGUGGAGAAGGCGAUGAUAGAUAUCAGGAAAAAGUAUGAAGCGUUCUGGAGUAAGAUGCAUAGAAACAAGAAGGCUUGAAAUACUGGUUUUUGUGUAUUUUUCAUGUUGUGAUUGUUUUAGGUUAAGUGAAAUUAUGUGUGAAGUAUCAAUGUUUUUACUCCCACUUUUUUUUAUCAUUUAUGUAACAUUUUGAUGACUUAAUUUGAACUAUAUUUAAAUAAAUUUAUUUAGUUUACUUUUUUGA